AUGGCGACCGUCACAGUCCUGGAGGUCGGCGGGUUUACCGCUCCUCCUCCUCGUUCUCCCUCGCCCAAACUGGGUGACUUCUCCAAGAUCUUCGACAUGGGCUUCUUCCUGAACUCGAAACCGAAGUUGCCUGACCUUCCCGUCAAGUUACCCUCACGUCCCACGUCACCUCUGCUUCCCGAGACGACCUACACUACCCCUCGAUUUCUCGAUGGCCUGGACCUCUCCAAGCUUGCCUCCCCGAUCAAGUCCAACAAAGUCGAGCCUGUCUCGCCUUCCUCGAUCGACGCGCAGUCAGCACAGAAGUCGAGCUCCUCCGCUGCUGCUGAGGCUUACUCUACACCCGCCUCCAGCCCGCCGUCCUCCUCUGAGAAGACUGUGAACAACGAUUCACAAUCUGCUCAGAAGGAUACCCUUCACAAUGAAGCUCCCAAAAUCCCCAAAUACACUGGCAAGCCAGUUGCUACGCCCGAGACCGAUAACGACCCCGAGUUUCACGCUUACGCUUGCGCCUAUACGAACGCCAAGGCCGACGCUACUCCUGGAUGGAACGAAGGCGUCAAGGCCUACUAUGCCAUGCAGAUUGCCCAGCAAGAGCGAAUUGUACGCGCUCAGACCAGAGUGCUCAAUAGCAUCUUUGCGCAAGAGUUCAUCUUCUCUGUUCCUUGGUCUAAAAUUCCUCAGCUCCACGACUCCCGACCUCAUGGGGCCAUCGUGCCUUGGUCUGAUGGAAUCGGACAUCAUAUCGGCCCCAAGCCUCCUCCGAUGGACAUAAUCAACCCCCUCUAUCACCUGCCGAAGCCGACAAAGCUCGCCGUUCUCAAGGCUGAGCUUCUGGAAGAGUACACCUUGGACCGAUCUCUAUUCACUAAAUUGGACGGCCUAAGAGACCCCAUCCAUGUCUUUGUCGACCUUUCCAACAUCGUCAUCGGCUUCUAUGAUUGUGUCAAGGCCCAGCGUGGCUUCCCAUCUUCUCAGAAGGUUAAAGCACCCCCUUUCCUCUUCGAAGCCCUCGCAUUGCUUCUGGAGCGUGGCCGAGAUGUGGCCAAGCGAGUCCUUGCUGGAUCCGUCGUCAAUACUUGGGGAUCCUGGCCUGGAUACAUGCUCGAGGCUCAACAGUGUGGAUACGAGAUGAACAUCUUGCAACGCGUUGCCAAGACUCCCAAGCGCAAGGGCCCUCGUGGAAAGUAUGACACUACCUCCGGCGCUGACUCCUCCGAUGACACUCGGGGCGCCACGAAGCGGCCUUAUCCCCUCAAGCAUGGAGAACAGGGCGUUGACGAAAUUCUUCAUCUCAAGAUUGCACAAAGCAUUCUGGACUACAACCCUUCCACCAUGGUCUUGGCUACUGGAGACGCCGCCGAGGCCGAGUACUCGGACGGAUUCAAGAAGAACGUUGAGCGAGCGCUUGAGCGAGGUUGGAAUGUCGAGCUGAUUGCCUGGCGCAAGGGCAUCUCCUAUUCCUGGCGCGAGCAGAGCUUCAAGCAGAAAUGGGGCACCAAAUUUCGCAUCAUCGAACUUGAUCCAGUCGCCGAGGAACUACUUGGUUUCUACACCACUCCGUUGGUCGCUUAG